ACGCGCGCUCGGGCUUCCGCCUGGGGAGCCGACGGCGGAGCCCGGGACUGCGAGACCUGGAGCCCGGGACUGCGAGACCUGGGGCCCGGGCAGCUGGGCGGCCGCGGGCCCAGGGCGGGGAUGCACCGCCGCGGGGUGGGAGCUGGCGCCAUCGCCAAGAAAAAACUUGCAGAGGCCAAGUAUAAGGAGCGAGGGACGGUCUUAGCUGAGGACCAACUAGCCCAGAUGUCAAAGCAGUUGGACAUGUUCAAGACAAACCUGGAAGAAUUUGCCAGCAAGCACAAGCAGGAGAUCCGGAAGAAUCCUGAGUUUCGCGUGCAGUUCCAGGACAUGUGUGCAACCAUUGGCGUAGAUCCUCUGGCCUCUGGAAAAGGAUUUUGGUCUGAGAUGCUGGGCGUGGGGGACUUCUAUUAUGAACUAGGUGUCCAAAUUAUCGAAGUGUGCCUGGCGCUGAAACAUCGGAAUGGAGGUCUGAUAACUCUGGAGGAACUACAUCAACAGGUGUUGAAGGGAAGGGGCAAGUUCGCCCAGGAUGUCAGUCAAGACGACCUGAUCAGGGCCAUCAAGAAACUAAAGGCACUUGGGACUGGCUUCUGCAUCAUCCCUGUGGGCGGCACUUACCUCAUUCAGUCUGUUCCAGCUGAGCUCAAUAUGGAUCAUACUGUGGUGCUGCAGCUGGCAGAGAAAAAUGGCUACGUGACUGUCAGUGAGAUCAAAGCCAGUCUUAAAUGGGAGACCGAGCGAGCGCGGCAAGUGCUGGAACACCUGCUGAAGGAAGGGCUGGCGUGGCUGGACUUGCAGGCACCAGGGGAGGCCCACUACUGGCUGCCAGCUCUCUUUACUGACCUCUACUCCCAGGAGAUUACAGCUGAGGAGGCCAGAGAAGCCCUUCCCUGACUGUGUGGAAGGACACACAGCAAUAGGUGUGGAGAAGGAAGGAGGGCCUACUGGCGAAUAAACCUGGGCAGUUUUGUUUAUAAAAAAAUAGAAAAAGUUCCAAGUUUUUCUUACUUCCCCCAUUCUUUUAUUUUUGAAAAGUGCCUUCAUAUUGCAUCUUUAUUGGAAAAAACCCUGCUCAUCCAGUAAGGAUUAUCUGUUUAACAGAGAACAGCAAGCACAUAUAAAAUGAUUUGUGUAGGUCAUCUGCAAGUUCAUCGAAGAGCUGGCCCUAGAAUGCAGGCGUUUCUUGGCCUUUUUAGUCGUAGCUGCGAGACAUAAAUUACAGCCUCUGCUAAUUUAAACCUUUUUAAUAAAAUAUUCCUUAUCUCAAACUAGCUGGUCCUAAUGGACCAGUAAGUAAUAUUCACUCUUUCAGUCUCUUCCGGCGUCCUCUGUAGAGGCUCUAGGUUAUGACAAACUCAGGUGUGUGUGAGUGUGAAGGAAAUAGAAGUCAGUGUUCAUUUGUGGCUAAUUUGGAGGAAAGAAAACAAUGGAACUGAGGGGAAUCAAACAACAGUUAAGGCGUGUUCUAUUUUCUUAAAUUCCCUACUAGCCGCCUCACCUUCCUAUACUGAUUACCAGGUCUAACCUCAGUGAUGGGAAAGGGAGUCAUUUAUCGAAUGCCCACCCUGUGCCAUUUUAUAUACAGCUCACUUAAAUUUUACCAAGUAGGCAGCCUUCAACGUCACAGGUGAUUGAAUCGAAGUAAUUUGCUAGGCUUCAGCUGAGCCAAAGCUGGAGCCUAGGCCUAUUAACCAAGCCCAUGCCUUCAUGUAUCACUGCACAGUACAGAAUGGCAGCACAUACUGUGCAGAGACAUUUCUUUCUACACACAUGGUCAGCCAAGAGGAAAAGCCUCUGUACCAGAAAGCAAGAAUCUCCUAUAGCAAGUGGAGGUGUUGAUGAGGGAAGAGGCCAGGGUAGUUUAAGGCUUCUAAACCCCAUAUGGUCUAAAGGCUAAGAUCCUAAGUGCUAGUUUAGUACUGGAACUCUGAAAACCCAGUGGUUUCUCCAUAUUGAGACCCUUCCUUUAGCAGGAUAUAUAGUCUGGUCCCAGCUCUACCUCUGCCUGUCCUUAUAGGACACGCUUCCUCUCCCAAGCUCCGGAAUAGUUCUUUGGAAACUACUGAAAUUUAAGAUGGCACUGACUGCCAGAGCCUUAAAAAAUGGACCCCAUCUCCAAUGAGAAAAUUUGUCCUGCUCUCCCCACCCAGCCCUGUCCUUCCAUCAUGUUAUGCAAGUCUUUGGCCUCAGACAAUUCACAGCACUUUCCUUCCCCCUAACAGUUCCAGACCUAGGUGAGGUGUGGUUAACAAGACCCAUUCCUCCUUUACACAAACCCACCCACACCCACAGGCACUUCCUCUUCUGCCAAAACAAAUUUUAUUGCACCAAAAAGAAAAAAAAAACUUCAUUUAUGUACAGUCAGAUAUAAAGACAUCUCUUUGACUCC